UUGCACUUAUUGCAAGUACUCUUGGGGCGAGCACGAUUGCUCUGGGACCUAGACUUCUAUGAAAACUUCCUACCUGACUGGGCCUCACCUGGACGAGCUGGCGAGGGCCUUGCGCGCUACCCCACAGAUGCAACGAGAGACGUGAUUCCAAUCCGGUGUCAUUCCCACAACGACUAUUGGCGAAAAGUGCCGCUAUACGAUGCGCUGCACUGGGGAUGCACUGGAGUCGAAGCAGACGUCUGGCUCCUGAAUGAGGAACUAUAUGUUGGCCAUAACACUGCCUCGCUCACGAGGAAAAGGACGUUCCGAAACCUUUAUGUCAAUCCCUUGGUAGCUUUGAUCGAUACCAUGAACCCAAACAAUACUUUCGGGACGACAUCUCGCCACGGCGUCUUCGAUGAGGAUCCUGAUCAAAGCCUUGUUCUCCUCGUCGACUUCAAGACGAGUGGCCGCGAGACGUAUCGAUAUGUCCAGAAGCAAAUCUCCGCACUUCGAGAAAAGGACUACCUUACCUACUAUGACGGAGAAAAGAUACACAAGCGUGCUGUAACAGUCGUAGGAACGGGCAAUACUCCUUUCGACUUGGUCGUCAACGAAGGUCAACGUCGCGAGAUCUUCUUCGAUGCACCCCUCGAUCAAAUGUGGGAACCAAAACGAGGGCACGAUACGCGGACAAAAGAGGACGAUGCUCUAUAUAUUGCCCCCACCAAAUUGUGGGGCAAAAGUGGCGGAGGACAAGGUAAUGAAGGAACCGAUUUCGUGACUUCUGCCGACGACUUCAAUACUACCAACUCGUAUUAUGCGAGCGUGUCGUUCGCCAAGUCCAUUGGGUUCGUCUGGCGAGGGAAGCUGUCUCAUAAGCAGCUGGAGAAGAUCAGAGCUCAGAUUCGAGGUGCAAAGAAGAGAGGAUUGGUGGUGAGGUACUGGGAUACGCCGAGCUGGCCUAUCAACCUGCGUAAUUAUAUUUGGCAUACUCUGAUGGCUGAAGGUGCGGAUAUGCUCAAUGGAGACGAUCUCAAAGGCAUGGCAGUGGAGAAUUGG